AUGGGCUCCAUAACCACUCCAUCUCCCUCCCAGUCCCUCUCCAUCACGGUAGAAUUCAGUGGCGGUCUCGAAUUACUCUUCGAGAACAAACGAAAACACACCCUUUCCAUUCCCGCCACAUACCCGUCCCCGUCGAGCGGGGAACCCGAGCCAACAUCCAUAACCUCCCUCGUCCACUACCUAAUAGAAAAUCUCAUGAAGGAUCAGCGGCAGGAGUUAUUUGUGGUCGAUGGGGCUGUACGGCCUGGGAUCCUCGUCCUAAUAAACGAUGCCGAUUGGGAAUUAGAGGGCGAGGAGAAGUAUCAGAUUCAGCAGGGGGAUAAUAUAUUAUUCGUCUCUACGUUGCAUGGCGGGUAA